UUUUUUCUUCCAUGCAAUGUUUUUGGAUUUUCUCUUUCAGGGUCUCUGUCAAAAUUCUCAAUACUGACAAGAAAUUGGUCAAGUGUGAAAUAUUAGAAAAUUAGAGACUUUUUUUCUUUCCCUUAUGUGUCACUGUUCUUGCUGUUGUGGGUUCAGACAUGAGAAGUAUGUGUGAACCUUGUUGGAUCAGAAAGGAAGACACUUUCUUCUUGUCCUGUUGUAACCUUUUUCAUCUGUUUUUUCUGGAUUAGGCUGAAGUGAGAGAAAGAAAAGAUAAAAGUCUUGUUUGUGGGGUGUUGACAAGGAAAUAGCUUUUUGCUUAUUUUCUACUUUUUUAAUCAAAAAAUUCAAUCUUUGUCAGUUUUUGGCUUAAUCUGAGAUAAAGGGUCAAAAAGUCAAAGGGUUGUGUGGAAUCAAAAACUGAAAAGUUCAUUGGCAAAAGUGAUAGUGACGAUUGCUGGUAUUAAAAAAAUAAACUUGAGUACAUAAGAGUCAGAAUGGAAGGAAUAGAGAGUAGUAUUCUUCUCAGACAAGUUUUAGGAGAGAAAAAAAAAGUCUUAUUUUUUUUAUGGGGUUUGAGAGUGUGAACAGUUCCUGUAAGGUUGCAAGACUUGUCACUGAUAUUUCUAUACCCUUUUCUAGUUCAAUGCAAAAUCCAUCUACUUUCUUCUCAACUCAAAGAAAAAUGGAGGGGCAGAGUGAGAUUGGUCUCACUGGUGAUAGUUUAGAUACUGGUCUGCUUGGGAGAAUGAGAGAAGAUGAGUAUGAAAGCCGGUCCGGAAGCGAUAACUUUGAUCUUGAAGGAUUAUCUGGUGAUGAUCAGGAUGGUGGUGAUGAUGGUCAGCGCAAGAGGAAGAAGAGAUACCACAGACACACUCCUAAUCAAAUUCAAGAGCUUGAAUCUUUCUUCAAGGAGUGUCCUCAUCCUGAUGAAAAACAAAGGUUGGAUCUUAGCAAGAGACUUGGCUUGGAAAAUAAACAAGUCAAAUUCUGGUUUCAGAAUCGUCGAACCCAAAUGAAGACUCAACUGGAAAGGCAUGAGAACAUAAUGCUUAGGCAGGAAAAUGACAAGCUAAGAGGGGAGAAUAGCAUGAUGAAAGAAGCAAUGGUGAAUCCAAUAUGUAACAACUGUGGUGGACCAGCAAUUCCUGGCCAAAUAUUGUUUGAAGAGCACCAGAUUAGAAUUGAAAACGCUCGUCUAAAGGAUGAAUUGAACCGUAUAUGCGCCUUAACAAACAAGUUCCUUGGCAAACCAAUAUCAUCAUUGGCUAAUCCCAUGGCUCUACCAACCUCAAAUUCUGGUCUGGAACUUGGUAUUGGAAGGAAUGGUUUUGGUGGUGGUUCAAGCUCCCUCGGCAAUCCUUUGCCAAUGGGACUUGAUCUUGGAGAUGGUCGCUCAAUGCCUGGUAUUAGUUCACCAAUGGGAUUGAUGGGAAGUAGUAGUGAUGUUCAGCUUGAGAGAUCGGCUCUAAUAGAUCUAGCAUUGGCUGCUAUGGAUGAAUUAUUAAAGAUGGCUCAGACAGAUAGUCCUGUUUGGAUUAAGGGUUUGGAUGGAGAGAGAGACAUGUUGAAUCAAGAAGAGUAUGCACGGUUGAUUUCUUCUUGUAUUGGUCCUAAACCCGCUGGCUUUGUCACUGAAGCUACGAGAGAUACUGGGAUAGUAAUAAUCAACAGUUUAGCACUUGUGGAAACUUUGAUGGAUGCGAAUCGAUACGCAGAUAUGUUUCAGUCUAUGAUUGCUAGAUCUGCCAACCUUGAUGUUUUAUCUGGUGGAAUCGGUGGAACCAGAAAUGGUGCUAUACAUUUGAUGCAUACCGAGGUUCAAUUGCUCUCACCACUAGUCCCGGUUCGUCAAGUGAGAAUCCUUCGGUUCUGUAAGCAGCAUGCAGAAGGUGUAUGGGCAGUGGUUGAUGUUUCUGUUGAGAUUGGUCAUGAUCCUUCUAAUGCACAACCAUUCAUAAGCUGCAGAAGACUUCCUUCUGGCUGUAUUGUGCAGGAUAUGCCAAAUGGUUACUCCAAGGUCACUUGGAUUGAGCACUGGGAGUAUGAUGAGAGUAUUGUUCACCAACUCUAUCGUCCGUUGCUCAUUUCCGGUUUUGGAUUUGGCGCUCAUAGAUGGAUCGCCACCCUCCAAAGGCAGUGUGAAGGCUUGGCUAUCCUCAUGUCCUCUUCCAUCUCAAAUGAUGAUCACACCGCCUUGAGCCAAGCUGGUCGAAGAAGCAUGUUGAAGCUGGCACAACGUAUGACCAACAACUUCUGUUCCGGGGUUUGUGCUUCAUCUGCUAGAAAAUGGGACAGCCUCCAAAUGGGGACUCUGAGUGAUGACAUGAGAGUUAUGACUAGGAAAAAUGUUGAUGACCCUGGCGAGCCUCCCGGUAUUGUGCUCAGCGCUGCAACAUCUGUUUGGAUGCCCGUUUCACGACAAAGACUGUUUGAUUUUCUGCGUGAUGAAAGGCUUAGAAGCGAGUGGGACAUUUUGUCUAAUGGUGGACCCAUGCAAGAGAUGGUUCACAUUGCCAAAGGACAAGGGCAAGGAAAUUGUGUUUCUCUCCUUCGUGCUAAUGCUGUUAAUGCGAAUGAUAGCAGCAUGUUGAUUCUGCAAGAAACUUGGAUGGAUACAUCUUGCUCAGUGGUGGUGUAUGCACCAGUUGACGGGCAAUCAUUGAAUGUGGUGAUGAGUGGUGGAGAUUCUGCAUAUGUUGCACUCCUGCCUUCAGGCUUUGCCAUUGUUCCUGAUGGCAAUGAUCCCUCUGGCUAUGGCAUGUCAAAUGGUACAUUACAGAAAGGUGGUGCUAGCGAUGGUGGUGGAAGUUUGCUCACAGUUGGAUUCCAAAUUCUGGUGAAUAGCCUUCCAACUGCUAAGCUCACAAUGGAGUCAGUUGAUACUGUUAAUAAUCUCAUCUCAUGCACCAUUCAGAAGAUCAAAGCUGCACUUAGAGUUGCAUAACAAAACCAUUUUGUUAAUGCAAUGCUGCUGAUACACCUUGUUUUGUGAACUUGUUUUUUGGUUUUAUUAAUUUUUUGAACUGGGGAGAAAGGGGUUAUACAUUUGGUUGUAUAGGAAGGGUCGCUUAAGGAAGGUUUCGAGUCAAGAACGAACCGCGAAAAAAGGAACUCGUGGCGUUGCUGAUGGUGAUGCAUGCAUGCACUUUGUGAGAGUGCAAGUGCAAACAAGUUUUCUAGUAAUGUUGGUUCGGGUAUUGACUUGUUGACCUGCGAGUUAGUCUUUGCAUUCUUACAUACAUAUCCAAAACAUAUGUGUCUGUUCUGUUAUUAAUGCCGUCCUUUACAGUUGCAACUUGCAAAUGGGAACUGCUGAACUAUUAUGACUUUUUUUUAAUGCAUUUUUCAUGUUUUGGUAUUU